AUGGAUUCCGUUCUGAAGCAGCGUAUUACUGCCCUGAUCUACGAUGAAUAUUCCAAGUUGAAACCUAGUAGCAAACCUGUUAUCAAGUCCAAUGGCACCAAAGAAUGGACUGUUCUGGCUUCAAUAGUUGCAUGGAAUUCUAGAGAUGAUAAAAUACGAAUGAUAUGUAUGUCUACUGGCGUCAAAGCUCUCCCUAAUGAGUUACUUAAGAGAAGUAAUGGGAAGAUGUUACACGAUUGCCAUGCUGAAAUACUUUCAAUACGAGGACUGAAUACUGUAAUUUUGCAUCAUAUUAAGAAUUUGAAAGAAGGCGAGACAUCUGAUUUAAUCAAUGAAGUAGACGAUAAAUAUAUAUGGAAAAUGGAAAAUCAAUUGAUACUAUAUAUAUCCAGGGUACCUUGCGGUGAUGCAAGCAUGAACACAAUCGAAUCCCAGGAUGAAACUUCCGAAACAUUUGAAAUCCCUGAUGAUAAUAAAACACAGUACUUAAAAUGUGAGAACAGUACGAUUCUGAGAGGAAGAUUAAAUUUCACAAAGAAAGGUUAUGUAAGGAGCAAACCAGGACGAUACGAUUCUCAAAUCACCUUCUCUAAGUCAUGUUCUGAUAAAUUGUGUACAAAGCAGGUAACCUCUCUAUUAAAUUGCCUAACAUACGAAUUACUGAGUGAACCAAUAUACCUCAACUAUUUAAUAAUACCUUCAUUAAACGAAACGGAUUCAAUUGGUCUUAAAAGAUGCUUCCAAGAUAGAUUUCAAAAUACUUCGGAUCGAGAACAAUCUUAUCAACCUAAACUUUUCGACAUAGAGAAUUGCGAAGGAAAAUUCGUAGAUGAUAAACAAUCGGUUGAAGAAACUCCAAGUGCGAUGAGCUCCAUUAAACUGUAUUUCGAUCAGUUCAACAUUCAAGAACAAGCUAUUUUGAAUGGUGUGAAAAACGGUUCAUAUUCAAAAGGAUCUAAACCUCUUCGUAAAGGGUGUGAAACGGCAAUUAGUCGUUAUUCUCAGUGGAAACUUUACAAUCAGAUAAAUUCUGAACGUGACAAAUCAUACGUUCAGUUUAAACACCAUCAAAAAUCUAGGAGAGUCAUGGUUGAGCAUUUCAGACACGUGCUUUCUUCAGAGGGGUGGGUUCCAACACUUGAAGAUGACUGUAACAUUUGA